CGAAUGCUAUCUCGGAGUUUUGCUGUUAUCACUGAAUUUGUUUUCGAAAAUUGUAAACCGACUUUGUAUUGUUUGUAACGGCUUAUGAAAUUUCUUGAUUUAAUUUAGUGUUUACGGUUCAUAAUAUUGCUAAUAGUUAUUAAUUUGUUAUAAAUUAUGUUACAAAUAUUUAUUAUUCAUACAAUAGCUACUCAUUUGAACACUUUUUGAUUAAUAAAAUUAAUUGUAAAAUGUACUUACAUUUUUCAAUUAUAAGCCAAUUGUCUGUUUAAGUUCUCUUCACUCAUAAUUUCAAUCAAACAUGGGUACUGAUUUUCUGUUAUAUCUACUAUUUGGUUUUAUGCAUUUUGCGGGUUAUGCAUUUACCCAAGAUCCUUCUGGUUACAUAGCCUACUGCCCGUGUAUGGGUCGUUUUGGAAACCAAGCCGACCACUUUCUGGGAGCCAUUGGUUUUGCCAAAGCUUUGAAUCGCACACUCUUGUUACCUCAUUGGAUUGAAUACCGCUAUGGCCAGCAAAAGUCUGUACAAAUUCCGUUUGAUACAUACUUCAAAGUAAAUCCACUUUUAGAGUAUCACAGAGUCGAGUUAAUGAAUGACUUUAUGGCUAAAUAUUCAAAUGAUUUAUGGCCACCAGCAAGUCGAACAUCAUUUUGCUAUAUGCAAAGAGGCGAGUCGGAAGGAUGUAAUGCCAAAGCAGGGAACCCUUUUGAAUCAUUUUGGGAUACAUAUGGCAUUGAUUUUUCAUCUUCUGAAUUUUAUGCCCCCCUGAACUAUGAUGUUUACCAUCACGAUAUGGUAUCAAAAUGGCACGAGAAGUAUCCACCAUCCGAAUGGCCGGUGUUGGCAUUUGUUGGAGCUCCAGCAAGUUUUCCAAUUCAAAAAGAAAAUGUAGAGAUUCAUAAGUAUUUAAAAUGGAAUGACGAAAUAGAUAAGUUGGCAAACUCUUUUAUAAAUAACAGAAUUAAGCCUGGCAAAUUUAUUGGCAUUCACUUGCGCAAUGGUAUUGAUUGGGUCAGGGCCUGCGAACAUAUCACCAAGAACUCUUUGUUGUUCUCAGCCCCACAGUGCUUAGGCUACAGAAAUGAAUAUGGAAAAGCAACAGAAGAAUUAUGCUAUCCAACGUUUGAAACGGUUGUGAAACAACUCAAAAGACUCAUACGGAAAUAUGGCAAAGACAUAAGUACAGUGUUUGUAGCAUCCGACAACAAUCAUCUAAUCCCUGAACUUUCACAUGCAUUAUCAAGUUUUGAUCUGAAAACUGUAAAAUACGAUAGAGAUAAUCCGCACGUAGAUCUUGCAAUAUUAGGCAAGGCGGAUUAUUUUAUUGGCAAUUGUAUAUCUUCAUUCAGUGCUUUUGUUAAACGCGAGAGAGAUUCAAACGGUCUACCUAAUGAAUUUUGGGCAUUUCCUGUUAAUCAAAAAAAUAAUCAAAAGGAUGAAUUGUGAGUAAAAAAGAUUUGUUAACAUACUCAUUUCAAUUUAUUUUUGAAAAAACAUUUAUGAAUUUUUUUAUGUACCUGUAGUAGGUACCACCUAUCUUACUAUUAUAUUCUGAUGUUUUGUACUAUUGUACUUCCUGAGAUGACAAAAGUUAAUAUUGUUUAGUUUUAACUAUUUUAAAUAGGUACUAAUAAUCUAGCACAAUGUUAACCACUGUUGUACCUUUAACAUUUAAAAAUCUUAAUUUGAUUUUUAUGUUACAAUUUACAAGAUAGAUACAGGUAUACCAGUCAUAAGCUAAAGCAAUAUAUUAUUCUCUUAAUAAUAACUACCUCUCAUAUUUGUCUUAUUUAUGGAAUUUCUAAUUUCUUAAUAGUUCAGGUAUAUUUUUAAUUAUGUAAAAAUAUAAUUGCACUAUUUUUAUACUUUGGUACAAUCAGAUAUUGUUUUUAAAAUAAUUGCGGUUACGCAUAUUCUUAUGUAUAUAUAUGAAUUUUUUUUGUGUACCUGAAGUACCAUCUAUCUUGCUAUUAAAAUCUGAUGUUUUGUACUUUUGUAUUUCCUGAGAUGACAAUUAUAUAUUAUUUAGAUUAUAUUGUUUAUAUUGUUUAGAGUUUUAACUAUUUAUAGUAGUUAAAAUAGGUAGUAAUGAUCUAGAAAAAUGUUAACCACUGUACCUAUAACUUGUACCUAAAAUUUAAAAUUUCUAACUUGAUUUUUAUGUUACAAUUUACAAGAUAGAUACAGGUAUACCGGUCAUAAGCUAAAGCAAUAUAUUUUUCUCUUAAUAAUACAGCCCCUCAUAUUUGUCCUGUUUAUGGAAUUUAUAAUUUCUAAAUAGUUUAGGUAUAUUUUUAAUUAUGCAAAAAUAUAAUUGCACUAUUUUUAUACUUUGUGUACAAUCAGAUAUUUUUUUUAAAAUAAUUGUGGUUAAGCAUAUAUUUAUGUAUAAAAAUGAAUUUCAUUAUACUCUGUCCCACGAGAGAUCGUGUCGUGGCCUGACCAAAAUUGGUUUUUCUGCGCGUCACCACUCAACACCCUGCCACAGGGGAACCGGUUUUGACAGCAGGGUGACGUAGGUGAUGCGCAGAACUGGCACGUUCUCUCGUGGGACAGAGUAUAGGUAAUUUCUUUUCUAAUAUAUUUUUAUUGAAUGUAAUUUUUGUAUAUAUAUUUUUUUGAACCCAUAUUACAUUAAAUAUUUUUUAUUCUGUAUACCAACCUAGUACUUAUUAUUUAUUAUCUUUACAUACCCUCGUAUCUACCCAUCAAUUUAUUAAAUUUUUUUCGCCUUCCAAUUAUUAUUUACACAAACAUGGACAGAUUUGUAAAUUGUUUUCAGUUCAAGGAGGCUCAAUUGAAAAAUAUUAUUACUAAUUAAUCAAAAAAUUUAAAUUAUUUUCAACUUAACAAUAUUAAUAAGUGUAAUAAUAUUAUACACAGGGUAUGUAUUAUCUGUCAAAUGUGUGUGCUGUCCCUUAAGUGUAAUGUACCUAUUUGUAAGAAAGUGUUCAUAUACAUUAAGCUUUAUCAACCAAUGUUUUAAAUAAAACACAAUUUGUAUUAUUAAAAAUUAA